UUGAGAAGCGCGACUCACUUUGUCUGGCUCCAAGCACAAGUGCGCUACAGCAUUGGACUCUCCAGAAAACUGUAUUGAUCCAUUCAGCUGUGUUGAGAGCGGAUCUACUUGAGACCUCCAUCAGGUCUGAUUGGACCCCAUUCUACUGCUCUGAGUAAACUACUACUUUCCUGCCUCAGCCCCUGGGCCAUGGUACAUCAGACUGUAGAAGCUACAAUAUGAGUGUAACUUCAUCCACUUCUCUGGACAGCCACCUCUCCACUACCUGGGGUCCUACUAACUCCUACCCUGAUGGUCCGCUGGUGAUGUCUGGUUACACAAGUCGCCUGUGGCCUCAUGACUCCCAGCCUCAGUUCUGGAGUAAGUACCAGGUGUGGGAGUGGCUGCAGCAGGUCCUGGACAUCCACCAGAUUGAUGCCUCCAGCAUUCCCUUCCAAAACUUUGACAUGGACGGCCAUCAGCUUUGCAGCCUGAGCUACCAGGACUUCAUCCGUGCUGCCGGCAGCCUGGGACCCAUUCUCUUCCACAGCAUCACAGAGCUCAAGUGGAGCGGGCAGUACCAUGUAGAAAUAGGGCAGCUGGAUCUCAAACCUGAAUUAGACUAUUCCUGUCCUUUUCCAGAUGUCAGCUUUCCACCAGGAGAAAUCUACGAUCCUUCACUUCAUUCCCUCGCACCGGUUGCUUCUCCCACUCCUUCUAGUCCUGAUAUCAAACGGUCUUUCAGUCGUCCUCAUCAGGUCAAAAAACACAACCCGAGGGGGACACACUUGUGGGAGUUCAUCAGGGACAUUCUACUGAACCCAGAGCGAAACCCGGGGCUGAUCAAGUGGGAGGAUCGAACGGAGGGGGUUUUCCGCUUCCUCAAGUCAGAGGCAGUGGCACAAUUAUGGGGCAAGAAGAAAAAUAACAGCAGCAUGACGUAUGAGAAACUAAGUCGUGCGAUGAGAUAUUACUACAAAAGAGAAAUCCUAGAACGAGUAGAUGGACGCAGGCUGGUUUACAAGUUUGGAAGGAAUGCAAGAGGAUGGAGGGAGUCCGAGAAGUGAAAAUGUCAUUAAAUUAUGUUUUCUUUUGAGUUGUAUGCAAAUGUGAUGUUUUAUUGUCAUUUUUAUUGACUGUUUUUGAUAAGGAUGUGUUUCACUGUUUUUUCUCUGUCUGCUUUUUAAGAAAAAUGCAAAAUCUUUUGUCGUGACACUGCACUGAGAUGUUCUUUAGUGUGCCUUACUAGCAGUAAAAGCUCACGUGUUUACAUAGAAACUUGCUGCCAAAGCUGCCAAAAAAGAAGUUAACAUAAAGCACAACUGAUCCUGUUUUUCUGUCCAAAUCAGACACUUUGUCAGUGUCCCAAAGGAGCACAUGAUGAUCCAGCAUUCAAAAGACAGGCAAACAGAUGAAUAGUCAGGGUUUUGACAUUGAUACUGUGAAGUGUCCUUUGGGAGAAAUGCUUGAUGAAAGCAUUAAAACAGCAAUAAAUAAUAAGAAAAUAACAUGCCAAAAGCACAAUGCAGCAUUGAAGUACAACACAUAAACAAGAGAUAAACAAGAAAAUAACAAUAUGGUUAAUCGUAUUUCAUAUUUUGCAUUUAUUGAGCUGUCAAGAAAGUGUGUAAAUGUUUGUUGGUUUUUAAUACAAUAAAGCUUGUGAGUGUUUUUAUUUUAUGAAA